CCGUCAUAACGGUAGAUUCAACUUAUCUUGUCAACAACAUUUUCCAUACAAACAUAUUCGUAUUCGCUAUUAGUGUCCCUCGUAUUAUUACUGAUCAAGUAUCUAUAUAUAAUCGGUAUAAAUAUUUCUGUUACACUUCGUGAGUUGUCGAGUUUGAAGUUCUCGCAUUAUUUUGAAGUAAAUAUUACAAACAAAAUAAUCAUAAACGAUAAUUACUAAGAUGUAUCGUGAUGUAUUCACAGAAAGUAAUACCUUUUAAUGGACCAUACACAGAAGACAAAUAUAAUCAGUUUUUCAAUCCAAACAUUUGUCAUGUUUGCAAACUGCCCAGCAGAAACUUAAUAACAUAGUUUUAGCAAUUUUAAUAACAGACAAAUCGCUUCGGGAGAGAUAUUAUAUCUCGGAGGAAUGGAUAGAAUCACGGAAGAAUAUUUUUCCUAAAAUACUAGCUAUUCUAUCACGUUGUACAUACCGAUACGAAACAGAGAUGAUUAUAUGCGCAAAAUCGUGUUUAAUGUGUCACCAACAAGUAAACAUCAAGCCCUGCAACAUUUGCUACUCAGCCAAUUUUUGUGAUGACCAUCGAAAAUAUUCUAAACUAAAACACAAGGAUUACUGCACUGAGCUAUUGCUUUUUUUAAACAUAAAUAUAGAAUAUAUUAACGAAAAAAUAGGACAUAAAUAUCGACACAAACUACAGUUCACCACAUUUCCCGAUGAGAAACCUUAUCAUAAUAUUUUUACAUUUGUUGAUAACUAUGUACCCAGAUUAGGUUCGGCUAAGCUUGUAAUGAAAUUAAGCUUCAAUAUUUUAAAUUCUCACUGGAAAUUUGUACAAUAUAUAUUUUCUGAUAUUGUAUCCGGUCCGCUGACAUUAUAUUACGCGUUACAGGAAUUAAACUUAUUACCUCUUACAUGCACUGCAGGUAAAUACGUUGUUCAUCUUAUAGAUGCAAAUAGAAUAGAUGUAAUGCAUUUGAAAAUUUGGCAUAUUCUCUUACAUGUAUUGAAAAUAAAAGAACUGCAUAUUGUAUUUAUAAAAUCGCCAAUAUUCGAAUCGUGCGAUCUAGAGUCUGUGUGUAGUGCGUGCCGUUACAAUAGGAAGAAACUUUCUAUUAAAAGUGUGUCAGAGACGUAUUACGAUUAUGUACGCUUAGAAUCAUAUGAGCAACCAAAUGUGAUCAUGCUACCCGAAAUAGAAGGUAUUCUCGUAGAAACGUGGUUUGAUUCCAUAACAACAAUAAUAGCGCAAGAGUGUCCGUUACUUUUAACCACCGAUUCAGAAGAUACAGCGCAAGAUACUAUAAAUAAGAUAGAAGAAGUAAUAGGUGCAAUCAGAGAACGAUUGCACAGAAAAAAUAAAUUCCACGGUUGUACACCAUAUAGAGACUAUGUAACUGGAGGACUUUAUUACCGAAAUGCACAUUUUAUUAUGUAUUCAUGAAUCUAAACUGGGUAUAACUAGUCCAGUCAAAGUCUGAAGAUAACGUGUUAUUUGAUCUCAUUUUCAUUUUAGUAUAUUUGAUGAUACUCGCUUCUUAAUAAAAUUCGGGAAUAAGUAAUACAUUUUUACUGAGGCAUAUACUCAGACAUAAAUUAAUAGUUUCUUGUUUUUUCAGAAUAUAAAAAACAUGUUAUAUAUGAAGUAAUAAAAUUUUUGCCACAUACAAAGUAUCUUACAAUUUUACAAAUUGUCGUAUGCCAUGCAGUAGUUAUAUGUAUUAUAUGCAGAUUAUUCAAUACUGAGUUAAGUGUAGUCGACUUGUAAGUCUCUUCUUUAUCGUCCGUGUUCUGCAGUU